CCCAAAGAAGAAGAGAAGGAUGAGGAAGCGGAAAGAAGAUGGCGGAUGGUCUGUUUUGUUGAAUAUUCGAGUGUUUCUUUAAACACGUUUAUCAGUUAAUCCUGCUGAAGCAACUUUCACAGAGUUUAAAGAAAUAAUAGUAAAUUCGGAGGAAGAGAUGGACGAUCAGCGCAGACUGCUGGAUUUCUCCCGGACUCCCCGGAUAAUCUUACACCGGAUAGAUUCCCUGCGGUGUAACAUUUAUAACCAGGAGAGGAGAUCCACUCUGGACCAGGAGGAGUUAAAAACUCUGCAGGUGAAACAAGAACAGGAAGAACCGGAAGAUCAGAUAAAAGAAGAGCGGGAGGAUCUAGAACAUCAGAUAAAAGACGAACAGGAGGAUCUAGAACAUCACCAGAUAAAAGUGGAAGAGGAAGAAGUUUACUGCAGUCAGGGUGAAGAACAGGUUCAGUUAAAACAGGAGACUGAUACCUGCAUGGUGGCUCCUAUUGAUGAACAAACAUACCCCACUGAAUCAGAACCAAACAGGAACCAAGUCAUCUUCCAGGAAGCUGCUGAAGCUGAGAACCAAAAUCAAGAAAGAAGCAAAACUUUUGCAUGUGUGACCUGUGAAAAACGUUUUAGUCUAAAACGGAGUUUAACUCUGCACAUGUGGAUUCACACCGGUAAAAAGCCAUUUUCAUGUGUGACCUGUGGAAAAAGUUUUAGUCUAAAACCAAAUUUAACUCGGCACAUGAGGAUUCACACCGGUGAAAAGCCCUUUUCAUGUGUGACCUGUGGUAAAAGUUUUAGUCGAAAACAGCAUUUAACGCUGCACAUGAUGAUUCACACUGGUGAAAAGCCGUUUGAAUGUGUGACCUGUGGGAAAAGUUUUUAUGAUAAACAGAAUUUAACUCAGCACAUGAUGACUCACACUGGUGAAAAGCCAUUUUUAUGUGUGACCUGUGGUAAAAGGUUUAGUCGAAAACAGCAUUUAACUCUGCACAUGAUGAUUCACACUGGUGAAAAGCCGUUUGAAUGUGUGACCUGUGGGAAAAGUUUUUGUGACAAACAGAAUUUAUCUCAGCACAUGAGGACUCACACUGGUGAAAAGCCGUUUUCAUGUGUGACCUGUGGAAAAAGUUUUAGUCAAAAACGGACUUUAACUGAUCACACGUUGAUUCACACUGGUGAAAAGCCAUUUUCAUGUGUGAACUGUGGAAAAUGUUUUGGUGAAAAACAGAACUUAACUCGGCACAUGAUGAUUCACACUGGUGAAAAGCCAUUUUCAUGUGUGAACUGUGGAAAACGUUUUGGUCUAAAACACCAUUUAACUGAACACAUGAURAUUCACACUGGUGAAAAGCCGUUUUCAUGUGUAACCUGUGGAAAAGGUUUCAAUCGAAUUGUUAGUUUAUCUCGGCACAUGAUGAUUCACACAGUUGAAAAUCUGUAGAAAUAUUUUCAAUGAGUUAUUCUGUGUUUAGUUUCACAAUA